AUGGUGACUCCAAAGGACCAUUUGCCUGGUCCCAUCUCUGACGAUGCAAUUAACCAGCUUCUCUUAUCGUUGGGCCUUCCCAAGGCUUUUAACAUCGUAUCGCCCGAAGUCGCCGCCGAAUAUCACUCCAUCUACAUGAUAACCGUGCCCCAGAACACGAAGAUCUCGUAUGAAAAGCUCGUACUACGCGUCUCUGGACAGCAUCUUCCCAGAAUCAAAACAGAAAACGAAGUCGCCGUGAUGACCUGGGUCAAGCAAAACACGAGUAUACCCAUACCAGAUCUUGUAGCAUUCGAUGCUAGUACUACCAAUGCAAUCGGCCACGAGUACACACUUUUGUCGCUGAUCGAAGGUACGGCACUCAGCGAGAAGCAUCGAUCCUUGACCGAAGCUCAAAUAAGUUCGAUUCUGGAUCAGUUGGCAGACUAUCUUAAUCAGUUGCACACACAUCCAUGGGACACCAUCGGAGGUCUCCGCCUCAAUGGAGCUGGGGCAGCUAUUUUGGGUCGAAUCGUGGACGAGACGUUCUGGCAAGCUCCCGAAAUGAAGAAGCUGUGGCCAGCGGAAGAAUCAGUCGACAGUCUGAACAUUGGCGGGUCAUACUCUACAUAUGUGGAUUUAGUGUCCGCGCAAAUCAAAACAUAUAUCCACCUGACAAACAUCCACGAAAGCCUUACCUGCUUGCGCGAUGCGAUCCCUCGCCUUGAGGCCUUCGUUAAGGCUUUGCCAGAGCACGCCGAACAACUAAAUGACGUGAAACUGCGCCUCGCACACAAAGACCUGCAUUUCGCGAACAUACUUUACAAUUCUGAUUCUGGAAAGAUCACCGCAAUUCUAGACCGGGAGUUCUCUGGCGUCGUGCCAUUCCCAUUGUGGAACCCACGUCGUUCUUUCCUCUGGAACGCGAGCGAUGACGAAAGCUCGUUGGCGGCGAAGGAACAGCUUUCUAAGCUGUUCGAAAAGCGAUGUAAUGAUCGUGGUUUCAAGAUGUUGGAAGAUGCUCGGUACACCUCAUCGCUGCAGGAGGGUAUGCAAAAGGUCGCGGAUUUUCUACGCGCAAUCACGGAGGUUGCGCCAAGGGGUCAAAGGGCAGAUUUUGUGAACGGCUGGAAGAAGGUAGUUCUUCGCAACAUCGGAAAGUUCGGGUGCUAA